UUUGUCUGGUUCUCUGCAGGCUAGCCCCGCUACUUCCUCAGAACGUUUCGCUGUUGCCGCCGCGUUCGGAGAAGAGAAUCUUGAGCUCCGCAACGUUCUGCACUUAAAGGAGCAGCGGCGUCCGGCUAAUCUUAAAAGCAGAAGGCAGACAAAAUGAGGGAAAUCGUACACAUUCAAGCUGGGCAAUGUGGUAACCAGAUCGGAGCAAAGUUCUGGGAAGUGAUCAGUGAUGAACAUGGAAUUGACCCAACUGGAACCUACCAUGGUGACAGUGAUCUACAACUUGAUCGCAUCAGUGUUUACUACAAUGAGGCCACUGGUGGCAAAUAUGUCCCUCGUGCCAUCUUGGUUGAUUUGGAGCCAGGAACCAUGGACUCAGUGCGUUCUGGACCUUUUGGACAGAUAUUUCGACCAGAUAAUUUUGUAUUUGGCCAGAGUGGAGCUGGUAACAACUGGGCCAAAGGUCAUUAUACAGAAGGUGCCGAGUUGGUGGAUUCAGUCCUAGAUGUUGUGAGGAAGGAAGCUGAGAGUUGUGACUGCCUGCAAGGAUUCCAGCUGACCCACUCUUUAGGGGGUGGAACCGGUUCUGGGAUGGGCACCUUACUGAUCAGCAAGAUCCGUGAAGAGUACCCUGACCGUAUCAUGAAUACCUUCAGCGUGGUGCCCUCUCCCAAGGUCUCAGAUACCGUGGUGGAGCCUUACAAUGCUACCCUCUCAGUCCACCAGCUGGUGGAGAACACAGAUGAGACCUACUGCAUCGACAACGAAGCUCUCUAUGACAUCUGCUUCCGUACCCUCAAGCUGACCACUCCAACCUACGGGGAUCUUAACCACUUGGUCUCUGCCACCAUGAGUGGUGUGACGACUUGCCUCCGCUUUCCCGGACAGCUGAACGCCGAUCUCCGCAAGCUUGCUGUAAACAUGGUUCCAUUCCCCCGGCUCCACUUUUUCAUGCCCGGCUUUGCUCCCUUGACCAGCCGUGGCAGCCAACAGUACCGGGCCUUAACAGUCCCAGAGUUAACGCAGCAAGUUUUCGAUGCCAAGAACAUGAUGGCGGCCUGCGAUCCCCGCCAUGGACGCUACCUAACUGUGGCAGCCGUCUUCCGAGGCCGUAUGUCCAUGAAGGAGGUGGACGAACAGAUGUUGAACGUGCAGAACAAGAACAGCAGCUACUUCGUCGAAUGGAUCCCCAACAACGUCAAGACGGCCGUGUGCGACAUCCCUCCCCGUGGCCUGAAGAUGGCGGUCACCUUCAUUGGCAACAGCACAGCCAUCCAGGAGCUCUUCAAGCGCAUCUCCGAGCAGUUCACAGCCAUGUUCCGCCGCAAAGCUUUCCUACACUGGUACACAGGUGAGGGCAUGGACGAGAUGGAGUUCACAGAAGCCGAGAGCAACAUGAAUGACCUCGUCUCUGAAUAUCAACAAUACCAGGAUGCCACGGCUGAGGAAGAGGAGGAUUUUGGAGAAGAGGCAGAGGAAGAAGCUUGAGGUUAAAUCUCGCGCCCUUUCGACACCUGUUCAAUAAGUCCGCACAAAAUAAAAAUAAAAAAAAUUGCAUCUCCACGCUCUUGUUUCUUUCUCCUCAAAAACCUUGUUUCUUUCUCCUCAAAAACCUAACCUGUCAGCUCUCUUUUCACUCUUACUUUUUUGUUAACGGGGCAGCCUCUAACAAUGGUUUAAGGUUGGCUUGGCUUUUUGCAUGCAUUACUCUUUAGUAGAGGCAGGUACCCAGUAAAAUUGGGUAAAGGGAGGCUGUGGGAAGAGACGCAGCUCCCUUCCUUGAUCAUAUUCUUACUGAACUGUAUUUAUUAUUCCCCAACCUUCAAUAUCUCUGUUGCCAACAUAAGUAAAACAUGCAAUCUCAAAGGCCUCUAGCUAUUGAUAAGGAAGCAGACAGUUUGAAGCAGAAAACAGAUGUCUUUAAAAUGGAAACCACUUCCUUGUUCUGCCAAAUGCUCCUUUUUAUCUUCCUGGCUUUGUCUUAAAGGCAUUCAUCCUCUGUAUUUGCAAUGGAAAAAAAUCCUUGUGUGGGCUGGAUUUUGGCUCUCUCUUUUUUUUUCCAUCAGCGUUUCAUGUCCAUCCCUCCCUCCCAACUUAUCUUACUUGGGGUUGACAUCUUUCAGAUCUGUGACUAACUCUAAGGAUGUUUGUCACAGUUUCAUGUCUUGCCAAAACUAAAGAAAAAAAAUAUAUUAACAGUCCAGCCUCAAAGUACCCUCUUGCUCUUUUAUAGCGGGCCUUUGUUCAGACUUUAAAUCUUACUCCUAAUCCUAAAUUAAAUUAUUAGUUGAACGCUGCUAACCACUCUAAUUUCAGAUAUAAUCCCAAAGAAGUGUCCCAUUUGCAAAUGCCCUAAAUAAGAUUUGAGAGUUGCCUUAAUGGUAUAAGUGGAGAAAUGAGGGGGUCUAUCUAGGGAUGUGUGUCAGUUUAGGAUCAUUAUGGUGCAUGCAUAUUUUAAGUAUGAAUUUUAAUAUAGUUGGAACAAUCCUGGGUAAGUUUGCAUUGCAAGAAAGCUCACUUGCACCCUGUUAAAAUUCUGUAAAGAAACACCACUCAAUUGUUGCUUAAAGAAGCAGUUCUAUUAAAUCAGAAGAAGGGAAGGUGCCAUAUAAGUGCUAAUGAUUUAAGUUCAUUUCAGGGAGAGGUGUAGAGAGAAUGUGUUGAAGGUAUGUCUACUUCCCAAAAAAUAUGAAGGAAGUUCAAAUGUUCCAGGGUGUGCAAAGGAAUGAUGUGUUGAUGGGAUGGAUUUAUCUUUACCAGUGAUGGUGUUCAAAUAUUUGCUUCAGGUUUGGUUAAUAAUAUACAACCUGCCAUCUUGUUGCAGGCUGCCAAUACAGAGAGGCCAUUUAUAUGGAGUUAGUAAGGCCUAAGUGGAAAGGCAUAAGAUGCGUUCGCUCUUUGCCCCCAAAUACUAUUUUUGGCUAGAUGGGUCACCCAUAGAAGAUUACCAUAUACCAGUAUUUCUCAACUUCAGCAACUUCAAGAUGCAUGGAUUCUUUCUUGCCUUUCUCCUUCUGCUUGUUGACCCAACUUUUCUUCUCACCUGUUCCACUCAUUUGCCUUCUUUGCUUUUCCUUCUAAAAAAAAAUCCCUGUUCAUAUUUGAAAAGUCCUGUGAACAAAUAAAAGUUGUUUUUUUAAAAUGUU